AUGUCCGCCCUCUCAACAAACGCAACGUCCAAGUCGGACUUGGCCCAGCACCAGCAACAUCCUCCCGAGAAAACACACGGUGCCGGUGCAAGUCGUGAUAUUGAGCAGCAGCCAGAUCUCAGGCAGGAUGGAACAACAGACGAUACAUCUACUUUCAAGUCUCUCGGUGUUCUCGACCGCUUCCUGGCAGUAUGGAUCUUUCUCGCAAUGUUGAUCGGCAUCCUUCUGGGAAACUUUGUUCCAAAUGCCGGACCGGCCUUGCAGCAAGGCAAGUUUGUCGGCGUUUCCGUUCCCAUAGCGGUUGGCCUGCUGGUGAUGAUGUAUCCAAUCCUGUGCAAAGUGCAAUACGAAAAGCUCCACGAAAUAUUUCGCACGAGAGAAAUCUGGAUUCAGCUCGGUUUCAGCGUCGUCAUAAACUGGAUCAUUGCGCCCUUUUUCAUGCUUGCCUUGUCAUGGGCAUUCCUGCCAGACAAAGAGGGCCUGAGAAACGGUCUUAUUCUCGUCGGCAUAGCAAGAUGCAUAGCCAUGGUGUUGAUAUGGACAAGUUUGGCCAGAGGAGACGGCAAUUACUGUGCCAUUCUGGUGGCUGUCAACUCGUUUCUGCAAAUCGUCCUCUUCGCGCCCGUUGCCUUACUCUUCAUACGCGUCAUCGGCCGCGACAACAGCAUCUCGUCGAUAUCAUAUUCGACAGUCGCAUCUGCCGUGGGCGUAUUUCUUGGGAUUCCUCUCGGCGCCGCAAUAGUUACCCGCCUCGUGCUCCUUCACACCGUCGGCCUCAAGACGUACACCACCAAGAUCAUUCCCUUCCUGGCCCCGUGGUCCCUCAUCGGUCUCCUCUACACGAUCAUCGUCCUUUUUGCCUCUCAAGGCUCACAGGUUGUCCACCAAAUCGUGUCCGUCGUCCGCGUGGCAGCCCCGCUGGUCGUCUACUUCUCCGUCAUCUUCUCCGCCACUCUCCUGGUCGCCCGCAAGCUAGGCUUCCGUUAUGGACUUGCUUGUACGCAGGCUUUCACAGCAGCCAGCAACAACUUCGAGCUGGCCAUCGCCAUUGCGGUGGCUGCGUACGGCCCAGACUCGGACGAGGCGCUGGCCACGACUGUCGGCCCUCUGAUCGAAGUGCCGGUACUCCUGGCCCUGGUAUACUUCGUCAAGUGGUUCGCCAGACGGCACGGCUGGGAGGACUAG